GCUCCAGUAUAAAAGCAGACAAACACACACACUCUGCCACUUCUCCUUUGAGCUGGGCGGUAGGAAAGAGUUGAGUUUUCUAAGCAGUGAAGUCAGUGUUCAGCUGCAGUUUGGUCAUGUCUGGAGUGUGGACUGUGCUGCUGRUCUUGGGAUGUGUCUUUCUCCCGCCUCUGUCGCAUGGAGCUCUGGUUAUCUCACAGGAUGCCUCCACACCACAGAAAAGAAGUACAGAUAAUGCGGAGGUGGAGGUGUACAGUGUAAAGGUGGACUGUAAGGUUGCUUCUCGUUUUGCUCACACGGUCAUAACCUCCAGUGCUCUGAACAAGGCCAACUCCUCUCAGGAAAUGUUCUUCGAGGUGGAUCUGCCCAAGACCGCCUUCAUCACCAACUUCAGCAUGGAGAUAGAGGGUCAGACGUACACGGGUGAGGUGAAGGCGAAGGAGAAAGCCAAGAAGCAGUAUCAGAAAGCUGUUUCCACAGGGCAGACCGCAGGACUGGUCAAGGCAUCAGGGAGGAAGAUGGAGAAGUUCACUGUGUCUGUGAACAUCGCGGCCAAUAGUAACGUCACCUUCAUUUUGACCCAUGAGGAGUUGCUUCAGCGUAAACUGGGCCAAUACGAGAUCAUGACCCGAGUCAAACCCAAGCAGCUGGUCCAGCACUUUGAGAUUGUGGCAGAUAUCUAUGAACCCCAGGGCAUUGCUUUCCUGGAGGCCUAUGGAACCUUCAUCUCCAACGAGCUUCUCCCCCUGGUGGAGAAAACAGUCACCGACAAAAAGGCACACAUCUCAUUCUGCCCAACACUGGACCAGCAGAGGAAGUGCCRGGGUUGUGAAGGCACCCUGAUUGACGGGGAUUUCUUCAUCAAAUAUGACGUGAACCGAGCUGAGACCAUCGGUGACAUCCAGAUKGUGAAUGGGUACUUUGUGCACUUCUUUGCGCCUCCGGACUUACCCCGAGUUCCAAAAAAUGUGGUGUUUGUGAUCGAUAGGAGUGGGUCAAUGAGCGGAAUCAAAAUGAAGCAGACAAAGGAAGCUAUGCUGACCAUCCUGAAUGACCUGGCUGAGGACGACUACUUCGGCAUUGUCCUAUUUGACMCUAGCAUCUCAACAUGGAAGGAAUCUCUUACCAAGGCCACCAAGGAAAAUGUGUCUGAAGCCCAAAAAUUUAUCCAAGGAAUAACUGAUUUGGGAUCCACUAAUAUAAAUGAUGCUGUGAUGAAAGCUGUGGACAUGAUAAUGAAAGGCAUACGAGACAAGAAGGUCCCGGAGAGGAGUGUGUCUAUUGUUAUCUUAAUGACAGAUGGAAUGCCCAACUCAGGAGAGUCUUCUGUACCACGGAUUCAGGAGAAUGUCCUUCUUGCUAUGGGUGGGAACAUGUCUCUGUUCUGUCUGGGCUUUGGGGAUGACGUGGACUACUCCUUUCUGGAUGUGAUGUCUAGACAGAACCAGGGACUGGCCCGGAGGAUCUACGAGGGCUCUGAUGCCACCGUCCAGCUUCAGGGUUUCUAUGAMGAAGUAGCCAGCCCCCUCCUCUCCGAGGUGGACCUACGUUACCCUGACAACCUGGUGAACUCUCUGACCACCAGUCACUACAAGCAGCUGUUCAACGGCUCAGAGAUUGUGGUAGCUGGCCGYCUCACUGACUAUAGCCUGGAUAACUUCCUGGUGGAGGUGUUUGCACAGGGGUUUGAGGAGGACUUUAUUGUCAAAGGCCAGGCCAGUGCCCAGGAGUGGGACAUACUGUACCCUGAGCAGGAGUAUAUAUUUGGGGACUUCACUGAGCGUCUUUGGGCCUACCUCACCAUCCAAGAACUGUUAAGCAAGAGAGAGACUGGUACUGCGGAGGAGAAGGGGAAUGCCACUGCCCAGGCUCUGGAGAUGUCCCUGCAGUACAGCUUCGUCACCCCCCUUACCUCCAUGGUGGUCACCAAGCCUGAGACUGACGAGGGGCCAGAGGGCCCCCUCAUCGCCAACAAGCUGACCGAGGAUGAAAGGCAGAAAGCCCAGAGAGUUGGUACUUAUGCAGGCUUGCUGAUGAGCAACGCCUGGACGCACAGCAGGAUCUCACCUACAAACUUUGUGGAUGGAGACCCUCAUUUCAUGAUUGAGUUGCCAGAGCAGGAGGAUGCUCUCUGCUUCAACAUAGACGACAAGCCUGGUACCAUCUUCAACCUAGUGAGAGACCAGCUGGCAGGUAUUUUGGUCAAUGGCCAGACCAUUGGGGAUAAGAAAGUGGCCCCUGAUGGCAAAGUGAACACCUACUUCGGUCGCUUUGGCAUCGUUCACCAGGGGCUGGGGGUGAGACUGGAGGUGACCACACAUGACAUCACUGUGUCCCAGGAUGGCAAGCAGGCCAAGCUCUUCUGGUCAGACACCACCUCUCUUAAGGGAGCUAAGUAA